AUCAACUCAACUCUACACAAUCAUACAUCAAAAUUGUAUACAUAUAAAUUUAUAACUUAAUAAUGAAAUCAAUAAUUUUAUUAUUGAUCAUUCCUUUUGCUUUCUGUACUCAAUUUUUGUUAGGCGAAGCGGAUCCUUCGCCUGAACAAGUGGUUGAUACAGAAGGCAAAAAGGUUCGAGCCGGCAUAGAAUAUUACAUCCGGCCGGUUCCUACGACUCCUUGCGACGGUCGCGGACCAUGUGUGGUUGGUAGCGGGUUUGUUCUCGUAGCACGGUCAGCAAACGAGACUUGUCCUCUAAAUGUUGUUGUGGUGGAAGGUUUUCGAGGUCAAGCAGUGAUAUUUACACCGGUUAACCCUAAGAAAGGCGUUAUUAGGGUUUCCACCGAUGUGAACAUAAAGACCAACUUGACAACAAUUUGUACCGAGUCAACGGUGUGGAAGCUUGAUGACUUUGAUUCUUCAAGUGGACAAUGGUUUGUUACAACCGGUGGUGUGGUAGGAAACCCCGGCAAAGACACAAUUAGCAAUUGGUUUAAGAUUGAGAAGUAUGAUGAUGAUUACAAGCUUGUGUUUUGCCCCACGGUGUGUGAUUUUUGCAAGCCACUUUGCAAGAAUGUUGGUGUGUUCGUGGAUAGCAAUGGAAACCGCCGUGUAGCUCUCACCGAUCAGCCAUACAAAGUUCGGUUCCAGCCAUCGUCUUAAUUAAUUAAUUAAUUAAUUAAUUAAGGAGGUUUCAAUUCGUGAAUAAAUUUGUUGGAAAUUCACAUCCAAUUAACUUUAUAUAAAUUUGAUAAUUAAAAAUUAUUAAAUGACAAUUUAAUCAAACUUAAUAAAAUUUAAC